CGUCAUACCCUCGUCUCGUUUAUAUACUCUGAUAGAACCUCUUCUUCUCUCACACAAAAACGACACAACACAAUUCACCACUCUUCUUCUUCUUCUUCUCUCAAAUUCUCACACUUAUUUAGAUUUACAAAUACAAAAUCAAAAUCAAACAGAAAAGUAAAUUAUGGGUUUACAAAGCCAGCUAAACGACGUGUCGUCUGAUUCAAUUCCUUUACUUGUUCUGAUGCACAUAGCCACCUGCGUCAAUUACAUCCGUUCGAUGCUUCUCAAUUUCCUCCAAUCCAUAGGUCUCUCACGCCUCCAAACUGAUCAGAUCGUCGACGAUCACUUCAUCGCCGCCGUCGGAUCGGGUCUCGCCGGACUCAUCAUGCUCUCCGAUCAACUCUCCCUCAACAAUCAAUUCUUCUACAAAUACGAAGACGCCGCUUCCGCCGACAAUCACCGCUGCGUCUUCUGCCAAUCCAACUUCGAAAACGGCGAUCAUGUUCGUAAGCUUCCUUGCCGCCACGUCUUCCACCGUCACUGUCUCAACGGUUGGUUCCACCGCUUCAACUUCAAUUGUCCGUUAUGCCGUUGUUCGCUACACUCCGACGAGCGCGUGGCACUCACCGAACGCCGUGUCGGUAGCCAACUCAUCUCAUGGUUCACCCUUCGUUGAUGCGAUGCACACUCACUCCAUCAUUUUCCUUCAAAUCCCAAUUUUACCCUUUACCUUUUUAUCUAUUUUUCAUAGGGUAAUAAUAGGAUAAAUUUUUCAUUUUACAGUCAGUAUUGAGUUUUUUUACAUUUUUUGAAAGGGUGUUUGAGAAACCCUUUUUUGGGCUGAUGUAAAUUUUGGACUCCUGUGUUUAUGGGUAAUAACUGGAGACAUUAGCAAGUUUCUGCAAAAUUUGAUUACA